CAAAAGUAAAUAAAUGCUUGUCAAUGGUGAUUGGUGAAUGGUAUUGGUACCGUAAACAGAAGCGGAUCAUCAAUAUCUGAUGGGCACCACAGCUAGGGUGGUUGGAUCAGUUAUCUCGAAUUUCGACAUUCCUAUUUUGUCAUCCUCCCUCUUCUCAACCGCCACUCACUCUUUUUCCACUAUUUCCCUUCCCAAAACACCACCACUACCUAGUACUUCUAACAAACUCAAACACACUUCUUGUUCCUCAAAAACAUCUUCGUCAAUGGCUUCUCCUCUUCAAGUCAACGCUGUCACUGGUUAUGAAGAAACCUCGUCUUCCGGAGUGAUUGGGGCGAAUGAUUUGCUCAUUGUGGGACCUGGGAUUCUUGGACGUUUGGUUGCUAAUCAGUGGCGCAAGGAACAUGAGAAAUGUGAAAUCACGGGGCAAACGGUUACGGCUGAUCAUCACGAAGAGUUGCUGAAUUUGGGGAUUGUUCCAUGUUUAAAGGGAACGAAACUGCCUCGGAAGUACCCCUUUGUGAUAUUCUGUGCUCCGCCAUAUCAAACGUCUGACUACCCCGGUGAUGUCAGGGAAGCAGCCUCUUACUGGAAUGGUGAAGGUUCCUUUCUGUUUACCUCAAGCUCUGCACCAUAUGACCGCUAUGACAAUGGAUAUUGUAAUGAGGAUAGUCCAGUAGUGCCAAUUGGCAGGAGCCCUCGGACAGAUGUCCUUCUAAAAGCAGAGAAAGAAGUGAUAGCAGCAGGUGGUUGUGUGCUUAGAUUGGCUGGACUCUACAAAGAAGACAGAGGAGCACAUGUAUAUUGGUUGGAGAAAGGGACUGUUGAUGCUCGGCCAGACCACGUUCUCAAUUUUAUACACUAUGAGGAUGCGGCUUCCCUUUCUAUUGCAAUCUUGAAGAAGAAAUUGCGUAGUCAGAUCUUUUUGGGAUGUGAUAACCAUCCUCUAUCAAGGCAGGGAGUGAUGGACAUCAUAGAGAAAAGUGGAAAGUUCAGCAAGAAAUUUGGGGGAUUCACAGGGACUAAUGAUCCUUUGGGUAAGAAGUUAGACAACUCCAAAACCCGGAAAGAAAUAGGAUGGGAGCCAAAGUACCAAAGUUAUGCUCACUUCCUUGGAGUUUAUGAGUAAAUGCUGCUUAAAAUUUUGAAGCAGAUGCACAUAUUGAAAUGUACUGGUGAACGAAGAUUUAAAUGCAAAUAAGUUUUUUAUUUUUGCCA